AUGACAGAGACCUUCCUAAUUUGCAAUACAGGGUCUCACGCUGCCAUCUUGGGAUUGAAAUGGCUGGACGCCUAUAAUCCGGAAAUUGAUUGGAACAUGCGUACCCUCCCUUCCCUCACACACCACCGGAACAUGAGUACCCCAGAAUACCAUCAAUACGCCAAGGAUGAGCUCAAGGCAGGUAAAAUUUGCCCCAGCAAAUCUUCCAUCAGUUCCCCUGUCAUGUUGUUCCAGAAGGAUGGCUCCUGCCGCUUGGUUGUCAACUACCGUUGCCUCAACAACCGGACUAAGAAGAACGUAUACCCACUACCCCGUCCAGAUGACCUCAUGGCCCAGCUCUGCGGCGCCAAGGUCUUCACCAAGCUAGACCUAAGAUGGGAGUACAACAAUGUCCAAGUUGAGGAGGGCAAUGAAUGGAAGACUGCUUUUUGCACCAAGUAG